AGUCGAGAUAAGAACGUAAACAUAACCUAAUUUGUUGAUAAUUGUUCUUGUUUAUUUCAUUUGAUUUUAUAUACCUAAUAUGUCUAAUUAUGCUUAAUAAAAUCCCUAUUAAUAAGUACGGCCGACAAUAUAUAACUAAUCUGUAACUAUGUCGCCACUUCAUGUUCUGCAGUUUUUCAUAUUCAGUGUGUGCAUUCAUCUAUUUUCCAUAUUUACUUAUUUAGUGUACUACUAUGACUUGUUUACAUCUUCGGAUGAAAUACUAGAAGAAUACGAUUUUAUAAUAGUUGGGUCAGGAACAGCAGGAUCUCUCAUAGCACACAGAUUGUCGAAAGACACUAACUAUACCUUCGUAGUACUUGAAGCAGGGGGUGAAGGGCACACAUUUCACAGCAUACCAGCAUUUGGCCCACUCCUGCACGGCUCUGUAUUUGACUGGCAAUUUCAGACUGUGCCUCAGGAGAAUGCAUGCCUUGCUAUGGUAAAUUCUCAAUGUAAGCAAACCCAAGGCAAAAUGCUUGGUGGAUCAUCAAAAAUGAACAAUAUGAUUCACUUUCGAGGCAACACAUCUCACUAUGUUGAUUGGUUCCAUGGUAAAUUUACAAAAGAGUACAUUGAAGAACACUUAAAUUAUAUAGAAUCUAAUGUAUAUCCUCUUCAUAACAUACAGUAUCAUAGCCAAAUUAGUGAUGUUGUCUUAAAUGCAGCAGAAGAGAUCGGUUAUAAGGAAUUAAAUAGUCAAAAUAAUCUAGGUUUUGCAAAGUCUUUACUAACUCAACGUAAUGGUAAAAGGUGGACAACAUCAGAUAAUUUUGACACAUCCAAAUAUGUUUUAACAAAUGUGCUGGUUGAUAAGUUAAUAAUUGAGGAAGAUAAAUGUAUAGGUGUACAAAUAAGUUAUCCAAAGAGAGUGAAAUUGUUUGCAAAAAAAGGUGUAAUUGUUUCAGCAGGGGCUUAUAACUCUCCUAAACUGUUACAACUAUCUGGUAUAGGUCCAGUAGAUAUAUUAAAUUCUGUUAAUGUUUCUGUGAUAAAGGAGUUGCCAGUUGGAAAAAAUCUCCAAGACCACAUUGGCACUGGCUUAGAUUUGGUAUUGUUUGACACACCACAAUCUGUGGGGAUGUUUGAUAUAAUGAAUUUGUUUCAUGUCUACCAAUAUUUUGUGAACGGUACUGGCGCCCUAACUACACCUGGCUGUGAAGUCGUAGGUUUUGUAUCCACAGAUAAUCAUACAGUACCUGAUGUACAAUUUAUGGUGUUGCCAGUAGGAAUAACUGCAGAUAGAGGUAGCCAUUUGAGAAAAACAUUAGGGAUAACCGAUUUUGUAUGGGAUAAUUAUUUUAGUAAGCUCUUUGAUAAACACGCAGCAACAUUUUUUACAUUACUACUACACCCCAAAAGUAUAGGUGAGGUUAAAAUUAAAAGUAAAGAUCCUAAUUUACCACCCAAAAUUGAUCCUAAAUAUUUGUCACACCCAAAUGAUGUUAAGACUUUAGUAAAUGGAGUAAAAAUUUUGAUUAAACUAGUUGAAACAGAUGCCAUGAAAGCUAUAGGAGGUCAUUUAAAUGAAAAGCACUUUCCAGGUUGUGAAAAUUAUGAUAUAUUUUCGGAUUUAUAUUUAGAGUGUUAUGUAAAACAUUUAACGUUAUCCAGUUAUCAUCCAGUAGGCACAUGUUCUAUGGGACCCCGUGAAUCAAAGAGCUCUGUGGUAGAUACGUCAUUUAAAGUUAUUGGAAUAGAACACCUUUAUGUUGUCGAUGGUUCAGUGUUGCCAACAUUGCCGAGUGGUAACAUAAACGCGGCGAUAGCUAUGAUGGCUAAUAUAUUUUUUGAAAAUACUAUCAAAAGUAGGCUUAGUUUAAAUGAAAAUUUAUUCUGUAAAAAUAGUGUAUUAGAUGAUUUAAUUUUCAAAGUUUGCCCUGUUAGAUGAGGAAAGUGAAGAUAAUUAGAAAUAUUCUCGAAAAUAUAUUUUUAGAAAAUCAAGAUGAGUACCUGUCCCUUUAAAAUACUAUUUAAAUGGUGGGUAUAGCUGGAAACACAUUCCUAUUUUAAUUAAAAUAGGAUUAUUUAAGUAAUUUCUUAAAUACAUAUUUUUUUUUAUUUAAAUAAAUUGGAAUAAAACACGUAUGGUUAAUACUUUUCAUAAUUUAUUUAAGGUCACUUCUACAGAUAAAUUUCCGUACAUAUUUUGAGCUGAGUUUCUAAAACAACCAUCACGUAAUACUAAACUUUUUUUACGUAAAACAAAUUUUCACGUGUACAAUCGAGCACAAAACUGUUAGCUGUUGUCGUUUCUUUCUACCUUUUUAUAAAUUUCUUAAUGAUCAUUAUUUUGCAUAUUCCUACAAUAAGGUUUACAAAAAAUUUAAUUUAUUGCUUUUGCUUUACAAAAUUUGACAAUACAUUAUAAUUCCUAUUUGUUUAAGAAUUUUAUUACUGUCAAGUAGAAUAUAUAUCACGUAGGUAUAUACCUACUACUUUAGCAAGGCUUUUUGUAUAUGUAUAGAUUAUCAUGUUCACCAAACAAUUGGAUACCCGACCACUAUUUUAAGUUAAAUACAAUAUGUAUCUACAAUAAUAUCUAAUAUUACAAUUGACUAGAUUAAUUGUGUGAAAAGCUUACAUAUUUUGUAUAAAACAGUAUUAUUAUUCAUUUGAAUUAAGAAAAAGUUCUAGGAUAACCCAUUUUGGGACACAAUUUCACAAUAAAGAAAACAUUAUUUUUAUUUACGGACGGAAAUUUACACUAAACUAAGUAUGUAAAUCUAAUAACAUUUACAACGCCACAUAGCUACUUUGUGCUAAUAUAAUAUAUAUUUAUAGUAAAAUUUCAAAUUAUAUAAUUACAUACAUUGACUAGGAUAUAAAAAAAGACUUCAUUAUUUACAACAUAGAUGCAUUUACUCGCUUAUGACACAAAAAGUAUAUUAUAGUUUGUGAAACCAUACUGCUAAAACCUCAAACCAUUGAUACAAAAUCAUAAGCCCUGGUUUUUAUUUUUAUAUAUGUUUCCGGUACUUUUUGGUUUCCCGGCUCGGGACGGCGCCGGUCGUUCAUUACAAAUACGGGCACAGAAGACACCUUUUUUAAAAGUUUGUUAGUUCGUAACACAGAAAACUUUGCAAACACGCCUUACACAAGUUCUUACGAUGUACUAUGUAUCGAAUUUUUUUGCGAAGCGUUGUGUUACAGUUUCAUUCUGAAACUACGUACAAAGUGUAAUAAUUUAAACUAUAAGCCAGUUUUAUGUUUUAACACUUAUGGCCAGUCUAGUUUCAUUAACGAAUAAUUUGUCUCCCAAAUAUUACUAAAAAUCUGUUAUCCAUAACUUCUACGUUGGGUGGACUAUAACUUACGCGCUAAAAUAAAUACAUAAUAUACCUAUACUUUGGUAUAAACUAUCAAAUAUAAGAAAAGUGUAUAUAAAUCGAGUUUUCACUUUGUGCUGAGCAAAACGUACAUACAUUGCAGUUACUGCAUAAUACUGGACGGACCGUCUGAUUUAUUAGCUUUAUCAUUGUACAAUAUGUAUAUAUUAAAAUCUACAUUAUUAAGCCAAAAUUAGGCUAAAUUAUAUAAUCUAGAACAACCUAGUCUAAUUAUUUGGAAAAAAUAUAUUUGCGCUUUAUUUGCACUAAUUAUUAUGAUUAUAUUGUAAUUCUGAACCAAUUUGAUUCAUAUUUAUGAUGCCAAAGAAGCAAGAAGCUUUUCUGGAUGUAUUGAUUAUGAAAAUUUAACUUUUCGACGUCAUGCUACAUGUAUCUAAAUUAUUAUUUUUACCAGACACAUCUAUAAAUGCACUGCUUGUCUAUUAUGCGAAAAAUCAGACGUCGCACUGAAAAGUGCCUGAAUAUAACAUUUUGCGUUCAUUUAUAGACAACUUAUAACCGCAAUAUGUAAAUGUGUUGAGGUGUUUGGUAAAAAUAAGAGUUUAAUAUUUUUUUUUUUGUGUUAUUAAAAAAAAAAACCAUUACAUGUCAGACUUAGAAAUAAGCUUCUAUUAAAAUAAAGUUUCUACUUGCGAGUAGAUAGGUAUGUAGGUUUUUUACAGUGAAAAUCUUUAACUAGGCACUUUUGUCCACAACUAUACUAAGUUUUAAAAUGUUUAUAUUAAUACUUAAAGCUAAUUUUGAAUUAAAAUAAUUAUACAACUUUUAUAUAAUUGUGCAAUAGGUUGUACCUUUUAAUACUGAGCGGUAAAACUGUCACUAGUACCGUCAGUGAGAUGUUACUGACUAGAGUUAUAACUACAUACAAAGUACAUAUAAUGCGAAGUAAACUCUUAAAACAUUUGACAUAUCUUAAGCUCUCGAAUUUAUAUUUUAAACGAUUGCGUAACGUUACAAAUUCUAAAUGAAAUAGUCAAGUACAGUGACGUCACUUUUUGAACGGACCAAUAGCAACAUUUUUAUUAUAUUGAAAUUCCCGGGUAUUUAUGCACUUUUUGAUAACUAAAAAUAAAUAAAACUGAGAAAUUAAGAAAAUACUGUUGUUUAUACUUAUGUACAUGUGAAUAUCUCUAGAAGUAAUAUCAUCUCACUGAAUACUAGUAAAAUAUUUCUACAUUUUUAAAAAAUAGUUAACUUUACGUUCUACAUAAUAAUAACUAUUUAUAAUACUGUUAACUUGUUAGAUUAUUCAAAUAAAUUUGUGCAUUUCAGCACACAAUAAAA